AAUGUUGUUGUCUCUUUAGAAAAAAGAGAUGGUCAGUGAAUCUGGGAAGUCAUCAGAAGACGGUGUUCAGAAAAAAAUGAAUUAUUCGCUUAAGAAAGAAGUUGGAGAAGGACCUUCCAAACAUCUGGAGCAGGAAGCUGAAGUGAAAACACUCAAUUUCCAGUAUUGUUUAAAUAAAUCUUCAGCGAGAUAUUCAGUGUCAUGUAAUGUAUCCUUGAAUGUGCUAGAGGCUCUUAAUACAAGCCAUAUGUUCAGGAAUGAAAAAGACAAAAACAAGAACAAGCAGAAAGAAAUACUCAUCCAAAGGUGGAAAGACAAUGUUCCUACAGCAUCUGUGAAGACUGAUUUUCCCUGUUGUCUUAUUGAAACUGAUGAGAUCUUAUAUAUAGACUUCAUCCAAAAGGAUGAAAAUAGUUGUAAAAAUCAAACAACCGCAGCUUCUUCACUCAAGAAAACAACUAAGCCUGAAAUGUUAGUCACCUUCCUGGUUAAAAAAGAAGGAGGACAGAAAGCGCGACUUUUACUGAAGAGCGAAGCCUUGAGGAGAAGAGUACAAUAUGUCUGUGUGUAUGCAUUGAAAGGAGAGAAAAUCAAAACUGCUCUUAAACGUGAUGGACGAUUCAUCGAUGACAUUUUCAGGAAACACUGACUCUGUGAGUUUAAUGAGGAGUUAAAGCAUGAAUGGUCAAAACCUGUAGUAGAAAAUCUUGACGGAAAGUCUUUCCAGUUAGUUGUUCUCAGUGAUAAGAAUCUGCCAGACAGUCAAGAUGAUUUGACUCCUGUCACGACUGAACCUAAUGUAGCUUCAGAUGCUGAUGUGGCAGAAACUGUAGGCUCAAGUCAGAAUCCCAUCAGCACUGAGCAAGAAAAAAACCAUGAUGGAAACACAAAGUCCACAAAUCCUCCAACUACACGGUAUGCCGUUAAACCUAUUGCAGACUCUGAAGAGAUUCUGGGAAUUCUGCGUGAUCAGUUUCCUGUUUUACUGAAGCAAUUAAAGCAGCGAGAAAAUCUAAAGACCAAAUCGGAUGUUCAAAAGUUCUUCAGAGUAGAAUAUGGUAAAAGUGUUGAGAAUUUCUUGAAGGUGAAGAAAGUGAAGCAGCUGAUGGAGCUCUGUGACUCAGUGUGUCAGAUUCGACUGGGGAACUCUCCUGUAGGAACUGGUUUCUUGCUCUUUGACAGAUACAUCCUCACUAAUGCUCAUGUUAUUGGAAUAUCUACUGAUGUUACAGAAGUUAACACUGAACAGUUCACGGCUGUAUUUGGUUAUGAAGACCUGGAUUCAGAGGACACCAAGCACAUACGAGUUGAAAAACUCACUGCUUCCUUUUAUAAGAAUGAUGAUAAAGGAAGGUAUCUUGACUAUGCUCUUCUUGAGCUUGAUGACGUUGAAAACAUUGCUAAGUAUCCCGCAUUGCUUAAGUGUUACCAUCCAAACGCUCCUAUUAACAGAGGUCAGAUCUGUAUUGUGGGACAUCCAGGGGAAGGGGUUAAGAAAAUGGACCCCUGCUUCAUCAUUGAGAGAGAGAAUCGGAUAGAAGCUGCAAAUAAACACAAAAUUAAGAAUCAACAUUUAAUUCAUCUUAUGAAUGAGGCGUGCUCGGAAGAGAAAUGGAACUUUUUGGCAAAUGAAAACCAGAUCACUUAUGACUCUUGUUUCUUUCACGGAUCUUCUGGCUCUCCAGUUUUUGAUGUAGACUGCAAUCUGAUUGGCAUCCACACUGGUGGCUAUAAGUACAAAACAGAAGGAGCUAAAACUUGGAGCUUUAUGGAAUAUGGCUUUUCCAUGCAGCCCAUCCUAGAAGACAUCAGAGCACAGGCUUGGAGGCAAGGUUUGCUAAAUAUCAUCAGUGUCAUGGACACCUACAGCAAUGUGUCUCUGACUGCAGAGCAACAGAAUCAGAACGACGUUGAGAUGAACGAUGCUGAAGAGUCUGACGAGCUUUGAUUGAAUCUGUUCACACGUCUGUGCUGCCAUUUCUUUUGGGUGACUGUAAAACCUUCCAAGAGACCUAAAACUUGUCAUUAUAAGUUUUCACUUUUCCUAUAAUUUUUAGAGAUGAUUGAGUGGUCAAAAGUUAUCUUCUGUUUCUCUUAUUUUUGAUUAGUGUGAAGUCACGUAUCUCACCUGCAGAUCUGACUCAAACCAAGAGAGCAGAACAGUGACAAUUAUUCAUUUGACAAAAACCAAAGAUAGUUAUAGUUCUUUUUAUUAUAUUUUCUUUACAUUUUCAUUCAUUCUUGUGUAUUCAUAGGUAUUCAUAUACAUACUCAUUUAACUAAUUUUUGUGCAUGUUGUAUGCUGAUUUUACAAUGAUCUUUUGCUUUUGCCUCUAAGAGAUCAUGUUCAAGCUUCCUCAUCAAAUCAUCUUUGAAUCACACAAACACACCGAAAUUAAUGGAUUCGACAGAAUCACUGUAAUGUGAGACAAGAAUUCACAAACCUGUAUCUUUAAAAUAAAUACAUUUAGAAAGACAUCUUUAUGAGUUUACAGCAAAUAACUGCUCUUUAUGGAUUAAUGAUACAUUUAAAUAAAAUUAUUUCUAUGCCAAAUACAGCUUUAAUGUUUGUCCCACUUGCAUUUAUUAUUCCAUUAGCGUGUACCCUGUCUGAUGCAUGUAAUGGUGUUGGUGUGUGUGUUUUGAUUGUUCAUCAUGUUGAGAAGCUUCUGAGGUCUUCAGUUUGCUGGGCCUGAAAAGUUUUGUGAACGUCCUGUACAGAAGACACAAUCACAAUCAAUACAAAUCACCUUCAUUUGUAUUUCACACAAGAAAUUACAAUAAAGACCCUUAAAAGGCU